AUUGUAUCAGACAAUCUGCGAUUGAAUCCUUCCUCAAAAUUUCCUCAUGGUGUUCAUAUUUCCAACGCUUCUGUCCAUGAAGCUCCAACCACUUUUGCUGCUUCUUGUGAUGUACUUCUGUGCAUUUGCUGCUUCUUCUGAGAUUGCUUCAGAAGCAAAUGCUUUGUUGAAGUGGAAAUCCAGCCUUGACAACCAAAGUCAUGCUUCUCUUUCUUCAUGGAGUGGCAAUAAUCCUUGCAAUUGGCUCGGAAUUGCAUGUGAUGAGUUCAAUUCUGUUUCCAACAUAAAUCUUACAAAUGUUGGAUUAAGAGGUACGCUUCAAAGUCUCAACUUCUCAUUACUUCCAAACAUUCUCACUCUAAAUAUGAGUCACAACUCCUUGAAUGGAACUAUUCCUCCUCAAAUUGGUUCCUUAUCCAAUCUCAACACUCUUGACUUGUCCACUAAUAAACUCUCUGGGUCCAUUCCUUUCACCAUUGGAAAUUUGUCAAGGCUUAGUGUAUUAUUUAUAUCCUCUAAUGAACUCAUUGGACCAAUCCCUGCUUCCAUAGGCAAUUUGGUCAAUUUGGACUCCAUGCUCCUUCGAGAAAAUAAACUCUAUGGGUCCAUUCCUUUCACCAUUGGAAAUUUGUCAAAGCUUGCUGUAUUAUCUAUAUCCUUAAAUGAACUCACUGGACCAAUCCCAGCUUCCAUAGGCAACUUGGUCAAUUUGGACUCCAUGCUCCUUCGGAAAAAUAAACUCUUUGGGUCCAUUCCUUUCACCAUUGGAAAUUUGUCAAAGCUUAGUGUAUUAUCUAUAUACUCUAAUGAACUCACUGGACCAAUCCCAUUAACAACUUACAUAGGGAACUUGGUCAAUUUGGACUACAUUGGCCUUUAUGAAAAUAAACUCUCUGGGUCCAUACCUUUCAGCAUUGGAAAUUUGUCAAAGCUUAGUGUAUUAGCUAUAUCCUCUAAUGAACUCACUGGACCAAUCCCAGCUUCCAUAGGCAACUUGGUCCAGUUGGACUCCUUGUUCCUUUAUGAAAAUAAACUCUCUGGGUCAAUCCCAGCUUCCAUAUGCAACUUGGUCAAUUUGGACUACAUUUGCCUUCAUGAAAAUAAACUCUCUGGGUCCAUUCCUUUCACCAUUGAAAAUUUGUCAAAGCUUAGUGAAUUAUCUAUAUCCUUAAAUGAACUCACUGGAUCAAUUCCUUCAACUAUUGGAAAUUUAUCAAAUGUCAGGAAAUUAUUAUUUUUUGGAAAUGAACUUGGUGGCAAGAUUCCAAUAGAAAUGAGCAUGCUUACUGCUCUCAAAAAUUUGCAGCUAGCUGACAAUAAUUUUGUAGGCCAUUUACCUCAAAACAUUUGCAUUGGUGGAACGUUGAAAAAUUUUACCGCUGGUAAUAACAACUUCAUAGGCCCAAUUCCAGUGAGUUUGAAGAAUUGCUCCAGCCUUAUAAGAGUCAGGCUUCAGAGAAACCAGCUAACUGGGGAUAUAACAGAUGCUUUUGGUGUACUUCCAAAUUUGGACCACAUCGAAUUGAGUGACAAUAACUUUUAUGGUCAACUUUCACCUAACUGGGGAAAGUUUCGUAGCCUCACAAGCCUCAUGAUCUCCAACAAUAAUUUAUCAGGUGUGAUACCACCAGAACUAGCUGGGGCAACCAAAUUACAACGACUUCACCUGUCCUCAAACCAUCUUACAGGAAACAUUCCACAUGAUUUAUGUAACUUGCCCUUGUUUGAUCUCUCACUCGACAACAAUAAUCUUACAGGAAAUGUUCCCAAAGAAAUAGCAUCAAUGCAGAAACUUCAAAUUUUGAAGCUUGGAUCAAAUAAGUUGUCUGGCUUAAUCCCAAAACAACUAGGAAAUUUACUCAAUUUAUUGAACAUGAGUCUGAGCCAAAAUAAUUUUCAGGGAAAUAUUCCUUCAGAGCUUGGCAAACUGAAAUUUCUUAGGAGUCUUGAUCUUGGUGGAAAUUCAUUGAGAGGAACAAUACCUUCAAUGUUUGGAGAAUUAAAAAGCUUAGAAACACUGAAUCUCUCUCACAAUAAUCUUUCAGGUGAUCUCUCUACCUUCGAUGAUAUGACGAGCUUGACAUCUAUUGAUAUAUCAUACAACCAGUUUGAGGGUCCACUUCCAAACAUUCUAGCCUUCCACAAUGCUAAAAUUGAAGCAUUGAGAAAUGAUAAAGGCUUGUGUGGCAAUGUCUCUGGCUUGGAGCCUUGCUCAACAUCAAGUGGGAAAUCUCAUAAUCAUAUGAGGAAGAAAGUAAUGAUAGUAAUUUUACCCCUUACUUUGGGCAUUCUAAUACUGGCAUUAUUUGCUUUCGGAGUCUCGUAUCAUUUAUGCCAAACCUCAACGAACAAAGAAGACCAGGCUACAAGUAUACAAACUCCUAACAUAUUUGCAAUAUGGAGUUUUGAUGGCAAAAUGGUAUUCGAGAAUAUUAUUGAAGCCACAGAAGAUUUUGACGACAAACAUCUCAUUGGUGUUGGAGGGCAAGGAUGUGUUUACAAAGCAGUGCUGCCUACAGGUCAAGUUGUUGCUGUGAAGAAACUCCAUUCAGUUCCAAAUGGAGAGAUGCUCAAUCUGAAAGCUUUCAGAUGUGAGAUCCAAGCUUUGACAGAAAUUCGACAUCGUAACAUUGUAAAGUUAUAUGGGUUUUGUUCACAUUCACAAUUCUCAUUUUUGGUGUGUGAAUUCCUGGAGAAUGGCUGUGUUGAGAAGACUCUGAAGGAUGAUGGACAAGCAAGGGCAUUUGAUUGGUAUAAGAGGGUGAAUGUCGUUAAAGAUGUAGCAAAUGCUUUGUUCUAUAUGCACCAUGAAUGCUCACCUCGAAUUGUUCAUCGUGAUAUAUCAAGCAAGAAUGUUCUUUUGGAUUCCGAAUAUGUAGCUCAUGUCUCAGACUUUGGAACAGCCAAGUUUCUUAAUCCAGAUUCAUCCAAUUGGACCUCAUUCGUAGGAACCUUUGGAUAUGCUGCUCCAGAACUUGCAUACACAAUGGAGGUGAAUGAGAAAUGUGAUGUGUAUAGUUUUGGGGUCCUAGCAUUGGAAAUACUUAUUGGGAAGCACCCUGGUGAUGUUAUAUCUUCUUUAUUGGGAUCAUCUCCAUCUACCCUUGUGGCCUCAACACUCGAUCACAUGGCAUUGAUGGAUAAGUUGGAUCCACGUCUCCCUCAUCCAACAAAGCCAAUUGGUAAGGAAGUGGCAUCAAUUGCAAAGAUAGCAAUGGCCUGCUUGACUGAAAGUCCACUAUCUCGCCCUACCAUGGAGCAGGUUGCCAAUGAGCUGGUAAUGGGAAGCUCAUCUUCAAUGGAUUAGCUCUACAUUGUCACUUAUAUAUAGCUGAAAGAUUGAACUUAAUAAACAUGCUUGAGUUUUAAUUGUUCUUUUCUAUUUUUGUAUUGUAUCUUUUUUUUUUUAUAUUGUAGGUAAUUUUAUUUUAGUUUUUUGGGUUUCUGAACUUUAGAUACCUUAACCAAAUUAAUGAUAACAUUUGUAAGCCUUA